AUGUGGGGUAACGAAGUACGUACCUUGUAGUGUACUAUACAGAUGCGUGCUGCAGUGUAUAAAAGACAUCUCUAUUCCACAUCACAAACUGCCCAGGUUCUCAUGGCUGGACGCCAUCGAGACUUUCGGAUGAAAGAUGGCUGCUUCGUGGUUUGCCGGAGGGCUCCACUCACGUGGAGAGUCUGCUGCUGCUGACGCGUCCUUGAAGUGCUCUCAUCUUUUGAGAACUCAUUACACCUGUGUGAGUCUUAAGGCUACUGAGGUAAUACUGUGGUGCCUACUAGUACCCUCGAUUUCCAACAGCCAUGAUUGGUCUCCCUACCCCAGCCCUUUAUUCCUCGUGACAAUCGGGGUGCUGGUUUCUGAUGUGAAUCAGCUGGGGUUCAUCUUAAAGGAUCUGCUUCGGGUUAUGUGCUUACCCCCGAUACCAUUUCCAACAUCCUCGCUCUUUGGCAUAUGGGUACGCUUAACAGCCAAGACUCAAGCCCAACCUGAAAUCCUAAAAGACGCAGGGAGUGGUGGGUAUAUGGGUCUGGCGUGUCUCCGGUUCAGAGCAGACUGUGGGAAUGGUGGGAAUAAUAAGCAUGUACCUCUCUGUAAGCCCCAGGUCUGAGCCAAACAAUUCAUGGUUUUUGGUGCUGGCCUUUGCUAUGGGAGCAGAGUUAACCUCGUGCCCAGACGGACAGACCACACACACUCAGGGCAUGAUCCGGUUCAGAGAUUAACAUUGCUCGCCACCAGUCCAAGAACGACGGUGCAAAGGGAACGUUUUGCUGACUGCUUCGAGAUGCGUUCAACUUAGAAGAGGCCCUGGAUAUCGUACACAGGAAUCAGUUGCUGUGUGGAUCUUGCCGCUUCUGACAUCCUGCUAAUGAAAGCUAUGCGUGUUCUGAGCAGUUGUAUGUUUAACCUCCAUUGCCGGCAACUGGU